AUGACCUUCCUGGAGUACACCACCACUGUGACCUUCCUGGAGUACACCACCACUGUGACCUUCCUGGAGUACACCACCACUGUGACCUUCCUGGAGUACACCACCACUAUGACCUUCCUGGAGUACACCACCACUGUGACCUUCCUGGAGUACACCACCACUGUGACCUUCCUGGAGUACACCACCACUGUGACCUUCCUGGAGUACACCACCACUGUGACCUUCCUGGAGUACACCACCACUAUGACCUUCCUGGAGUACACCACCACUGUGACCUUCCUGGAGUACACCACCACUGUGACCUUCCUGGAGUACACCACCACUGUGACCUUCCUGGAGUACACCACCACUGUGACCUUCCUGGAGUACACCACCACUGUGACCUUCCUGGAGUACACCACCACUGUGACCUUCCUGGAGUACACCACCACUAUGACCUUCCUGGAGUACAACACCACUAUGACCUUCCUGGAGUACACCACCACUAUGACCUUCCUGGAGUACACCACCACUAUGACCUUCCUGGAGUACAGCACCACUGUGACCUUCCUGGAGUACACCAGUAUGACCUUCCUGGAGUACACCACCACUGUGACCUUCCUGGAGUACACCACCACUGUGACCUUCCUGGAGUACACCACCACUGUGACCUUCCUGGAGUACACCACCACUAUGACCUUCCUGGAGUACAACACCACUAUGACCUUCCUGGAGUACACCACCACUAUGACCUUCCUGGAGUACACCACCACUAUGACCUUCCUGGAGUACAGCACCACUGUGACCUUCCUGGAGUACACCAGUAUGACCUUCCUGGAGUACACCACCACUGUGACCUUCCUGGAGUACACCACCACUGUGACCUUCCUGGAGUACACCAGUAUGACCUUCCUGGAGUACACCACCACUGUGACCUUCCUGGAGUACACCACCACUGUGACCUUCCUGGAGUACACCAGUAUGACCUUCCUGGAGUACACCACCACUGUGACCUUCCUGGAGUACACCACCACUGUGACCUUCCUGGAGUACACCACCACUGUGACCUUCCUGGAGUACACCACCACUGUGACCUUCCUGGAGUACACCACCACUAUGACCUUCCUGGAGUACACCACCACUAUGACCUUCCUGGAGUACAGCACCACUGUGACCUUCCUGGAGUACACCAGUAUGACCUUCUGGAGUACACCACCACUGUGA